AUGAUGUGUCACUUCCUCAGUGGUCAGAGUCUGUCCGGACCCUCAGCGGGGCGCCGGCGGCCGGCGGCCGGCGGUCGCGGUCCUCCCAGCUGUAGGGGGCGCAGAGGGUCGGCCCGGCCGGCCCGCCCGCUCGCCCGCGUAGGACGCGAGCCGGGCAGAAGCUCGCCCACGCGGCGGGGUUGGCUGGGGGUCAGGGCUGCUUCCCGGAGCCGGCGGCGGCCGCCGAGGGAGAGUCCAGCCGGGAGCCAGCAGCAGCAGCGGGGACCGCGCCGCCUUCCGCUGUCAGAUGAUCAGAAGGUGCUUUUGAAAAAUGAGCUGCAAAAGCUGGUUGCGUUUUAUCCUGAAGGCGUCAAUGUAACGAGACUAGCCAAGAAAUAUAGAAACAGAUACCGGAAGGAGCUGAAGAUAUUAGACUAUGGAUUUGAGUCCAUAGAACAGAUGGUGAAAUCGAUGUGUGAUGCUCUGUCUCUGAUACCUGGUACAACUGGCUUCAAUGUUAUCGCCAAACAGAAUACAGUGCCAAACAUGGCAAAUGCUAGUUCGCAGAUUCCAGUCACCUCUUUUGGGUUAUCUAAAACUCAGUCUUCGGAGGGUUUCAGUUCCGAACUUCUACCCUCUCUGACGCCACAUCCAGAUCCAAAAUCUUCAUUAGAUGAUCAGAAAACACGUUUGAAGAAUGAGUUGAGAAAUCUCAUCAGGACUUUCCCCGAAGGCAUCAUUUCAAAGAAGAUCGCUGACAGAUAUAAGAAUAAAUACUGGAAGGAAUUGAAAAUAUUGGACUACGGAUUUCAGUCAGUUGAAGAAAUGGUGAAAUCAAUGCCUGAUGUUCUGUACGUGACACCUACUGCAAAAGGCUUAAACGUUAAAGCCAGGAAGAUUGCAAAGACAGACAAGGCCAACGCAAGUUCGCAGAUUCCAGUUGCUGCUUUGGGUUUGUCUGAAACUCAGUCUUUGGGUGAUUUCAAUUCGGAACUUCCACCCUCUCUGACACUGUCUCCAGAUCCAAAAUCUUCAUCAGGUGACAAAUUGUCAGAAGUUUGCGAAGGAGUUUUGAACAUGCUUAAAAAUAACACAGAUGGCAUUGCAGUGCAUAAACUAGCAAAGGCAUACAAGUCAUGUUAUCAACGACCUAUCCAGCUGAACAUGUUCGGAUUGAAAUCUAUUCACGAACUGCUUCACCUUAUGAAGGAAAAAGUGUAUGUUCAACCCACAGGAGAGAAGCGCCGUGUUUUUGAGAGUAAGCCUAUGGCAGUUCAACUCAUGGAGCGACUGAGAAGUCAGAUCUUGGAGCUGUUCAACUCUGAGCCUGGUGGUAUCCCCGAGGCAAAGCUAUGUGAAUAUUACUGCAAGAAAUAUCGGCAGAAUUUAAAACUGAGCAAUUAUGGAUUUAGCAGCUUGAAAGAGCUGAUCAAGAAUCUGGGCGAUGUGCUGGAAGUAGUCGAUGUGCCAGCGUUAGGCAACGUGAUCAAACUGAGGACCAAACAAGAGGGACAGAACAACGUUAAUGUAGGAUUGUCAGCUUUGGUGCCAGGUGCUGCUGCAAAGAGUGUGAAUGUGCCCAUCAGAUACUUCUCAGCUCCUCAGAUGCCUCCCUUAGCUCCUGCCAAGGUAACGGGGAUGCAAGCUAUUCCAUUGAGUAACCUUUGGUCUGCCCUCCCAGUAAGAAUGCCAUUGGCUUCCAGACCAACAGAUCAAGGAUUGUUACCAUCUCCGUCAACAAGAUCUUUGGAGAACUGCUCUGAUCUAAGUACAAGACCAAAAGGUGGUAAGGAGGGGGAAACUGUGUACAAAAACCCUUUACCCACAGCAAAUUUCAGCCAGCCUGCAUCAAGUGGCAAAGCAAAUCCUGAAUUGCAGCAACUUGAGUCGUCCAUAUUUAAUCAAAAUAUCAAUGGUUCAGCCGCAGGAGGACAACGUUCAGCCUCUCCGGCACUCUCAUCAGUGUCUUCAGAAGACUUCCCUGCAUUGACAAAACUAAACCUGAGGAAGAUCAAGGAAGAGGAACUGAAGAAGAAAAGGUCAAUGCAUCGAUAUCCCCAAAGUUAUUAUAGGCAAGUAAGGGAGGAGCAAAACUCUGUAAUGCAGGAAAUCGAGAUAUUGGCCUCUGCUAAUCUAGGUCGCGAAAAAAAACCAUGCGUCACUUUGGAAGAAGUGAACCAACGAGCUGAAGAGUUUAUUCGUGCUCUGGCUGCUGAAGGAGAACAAGUUACUGAAAAGAAGGUAUUGACUAGAGUUUGCAGAUCCUUCAGAGUGGAGAAUUUAAGAAUCCUUGAGAUCUGGCCUCCUAAUAAACUUUCUGCAAUUCAAGAACUUCGACAGACACAGCGAGAAAUCACCACUUACAUUGAGGCUUUUGAGAGCAAUAGGUGUGUUUGCACUCUGUAUGAGUUGAACCAGUGCUUGGCAGCACUGAAGAACAAGCAAAGCUUUGAAGAACUGAACCUUGGGCCUUUAUGCAAACAGCCCCUUGUGCACAGGAUAUUCAAAGUGCCUUCGACAAUGAAGGAUGAAGAUAUAUUUGAAAUUGAGACGGUGGAUAUUUUGCAGAGCCUCAACACAUAUAGAAGAUCUGUCAGAGCAGCUAAAAUAGAUUUGGCUGAAUUUAUAAAACACCUGGCUGAUCGAUAUCACUGUGAUUCGCCAUACGAUCUUGGCAUCAGAAUUACCAGCAUUGGCCUUCCGUUAUCGACAUUGACGAAAUCUGCAAACAGUGAGCGCAGUGCUUUGGAAGCAGCAAGAAAUCGUAUUCAGCGAGAAAUAGAGGAGGAAGUACAGAGUCGGAUGAACAAAGUUAAGAGGAACCUGCUUGACCCCGCUAGUGGACCACAGCUGUAUUCAAGCAGUGGCUGCCUGGAUCUCCGCAAACAGUACGCCACAAACUCGGCAGCAGACGCAGUUCUUCAGGUCUUCAUGAAUGCAAAGGAGGUUUUCAGUGAGAAAAUGGCUAAGUAUAUCCAGGACUUUCUGGUGAAGGUGGGUGAUAAUCGCUUGGCCCGAUCACUUUUUCAACUUGCCAUUUGCUGUGGUUCUCUGGAAGCUCCUCGAGACUUGGUGGCUAAAGAGAAGCCAAAUCAGCCAACAAUGAAUGCAUCAGGGGACCAAGGAACUCCACUUCCAAGUGAAGGAUCCGUAAGAGAAUAUUUGCAGAAGAAUCUCUCCGCUGUCACUGUGUCUUUGAAUCUAGCCUAUUUAUCUCGGCUAGAGAAAAGGUUGGUCGAAGAAUUCAAGUUGAAGGGCUUUGUUGCCCUGGGACAUGGCACAUUCCUGGAGUAUCUGGUGAAGCACUCUCAGCUGCUGGAAGAAGCUGCGGGGGGCAUCCUGUUCCUGCAGCCACAAAGCGCCCGAAACUGUGGCUUCCAACCCAGCCACCAGGACGUGUACGAGUUCAUCAGGCAAUGUGGGACCCUUCAGGAGAGCAUGUUUCCAGCAAUUGAAGCUGCUUUAAGAAGUCAGUUCAUGGUGAAGGACGUCAAGGAAUUUGGUCUCGGAGCAUUAUCCAAUCUGGUGAAAAUGGUGCAACGUCAAGCCAAGUCCCACAGUGACUAUAAUAGUUUCCAAAGUUUGGUGUUGUAUGAAGCCACGCUCUUUGUUAACGAACCCAGUUAUUGCAACACCGAAGCAAAUAAUUCAGUGGGUCUGCUUGGGGACCUGAGUAAGCAGCAGGCUUUGAUAUGUCUGCUGAAUACCCCUCUACUGGAGGAUCUCGCCGAAUGGUCACAAUGGGAGCUGGUGUUCCAGCCACAGCAUGGUUCACUGAAGGACUUCAUCGAAAGAAACUGCAGCGAAAAAGCGACUCAGCUUGGUGUAGGAGGGUCAGCUGUGCUGAAUGACUUGAUCGCCAUGGAAGUGAAGCCAGGCGUGCUCCUGAGGCUCACCACUCAAACCAACCCUGACCUCUUUGCUCAGGCUGUUAGGUCACAUGACCCCAUAGGGACAGCAGGCCACUUGGUUUCCAUAGUAACUGCAGACGGAUUAAGGAAUGCUCCCUUAUCCUUACUAGCCAAUCACGUGGAAUCUGCUUUGGCGAUUUUGGGAAGUUUAGAAGAAACGAACUUGGAGACUGAAAGCCGAUCGCCACAUCGAGCUGCCAAAUUUAUUAUUGAUUGUCUUGUCAGGAUUCCAAUAAGACUUUGCAAAUCACUUUUACAGAAGGUCUUCCUAGAACCAUUUUCCAGAGUCGUUGGGCAGUCUGAAUCUAAGGAAAUCCUUCUGCAAACAGCAGAAGGUUCCUUCCGGAAUCUAAGCCGACUGCAUGAACUGGGAAUUCUUCUGGGAAUCACAGAAUGGAGGAGGCACUAUCAUUCCAAACUGGGUUCUGCCCACCUUGUUUCCAUUGCAUCACAAACCUUAAAGACGACAGAUUCUGUGUCGCAGAGUAGUAGAUCUUCAUUCAUGAGCUUGAGUGAUGAUGAAGCUGGUAAUAUUACUGUCCCUGAAUCAGAAGUCGACAUUGGAUCUGAAAGCACAUCUGCCAGUUCAGUGGCUGAAGAUGAUGUUGGUGACAAAUUUGUGCUUGCUGAUGAAGCAAACGACUUGCCAAUAUCUGAGGAGAAGCCUCCUGAGCCUGGAGAUGACUCGACUCUCUCAAAUGUUGUUCCGUCUGAUCCGGCUGAUGUAGCAAAGCGUGAAGAGUGCUCGCUGGAUGGAGCUAACGAGGAGGACAACCUGCGCAAGUCAAUCAUUGACGACAUCAGGAAAAAUGAAUUUGGCAUUGGGAUUGAGCUGAACGACGAGGGGAAGAAGCUAAUGCAAGUUCAUCAGAAUCGAUUAGGGCGAAGCCUUGCACGCUUAUCUACAGAGCUGUAUAGUAAAGACACACAUUUUGUCCUGGAACUGAUACAGAACGCUGAUGACAACAGUUACCCACCAUUUGAUGACGAUACGACUGCCAGCCUGCUGUUCGUGGUGGAAAGGGACUGUAUCAUUCUCCUCAAUAAUGAAUGUGGUUUCGAGGAGAAGAAUAUCCGAGCGAUCUGUGACGUUGGCUGCAGCACUAAAGGGAAGCACAAAUACGGCUACAUAGGCCAGAAAGGCAUCGGAUUUAAGUCGGUCUUCAAAGUUACGGACACCCCAGAAAUUCACUCUAAUGGUUUCCAUAUCUGCUUCGACAAGCUCAGUGGCCCAAUGGGAUACAUCCUUCCCCACUGGAUCGACGAUAAAAGACCUGUGGACUUGAUGGGGUCGGAUGCAGAGAAGGCAAGAUGGACAACAAAGAUUGUUCUUCCACUCAAACCGCAGAACCAACAAAUGCAAAACCUGUUCCAUGACAUUGACCCGUCGUUGCUGUUGUUCCUCCAUAGACUUCGCUCCAUUACCAUCAUUAACAAGGUAAAGGGCCAAGAUUUCUUAGUAACUCGGACGGAUCUUGGUGACAACAUAUUAGAAGUGAAACACAAGACUGGAAUUGAUCACUGGCUGGUAGUCAAGAGUACUCUUGAUACAAGAAAGAUUAAAGACAACGUGGAAUGCACCGAACUGGCUCUUGCCUUUAAACUCGAUAGUGACAAGAGGAACCAGGGACUGAGGAGUAAACCAGAGAAGCAGCCUGUGUUUGCCUUUUUGCCUUUGAGGAGCUUUGGCUUCCGCUUCAUAAUACAAGGUGACUUUGAUAUCCCAUCUUCCCGUGAAGAUAUUGAUCGUGACAGCCCGUGGAACCAAUGGCUUCGAUCUGAACUGCCCCACCUGUUCCUGAAAGCCAUGGAAACUUUCAGUAGCCAUCCCAAUUUUGAAGGUUUGGAAGGUCUCUGCCAUUUCUUGCCAUUCAUUCCAUUACCAGAUGAGAUUUUGGAUUUCUUCCGACCUGUUGCUGGGCAAAUUAUUCAGAUCCUUAAAGCAAAAUCCUGUUUGCCGACAGCAGAAGAUAAAGAUGGCAAAAUUGAAUACAGAUUGCCCUCCCAGAUUGCAGUGACACAUGAUAUAUUGAUACAAGAGGUGAUUACCCCGGAGCUGUUGCAGAAGCACCUGAACUUGGCUUACCUGAACCCUGCUGUGCGGUCCGCUCUCACCCCUGCCCUGGUGUCGGCACUUGGUAUUCACAAACUCAGCAGUGCCGAUAUCAUUGCCGUCACCAAAGCCAUUGCCAAGGAGGUUGCAGAGACCACUUUGAUAUUCACUGAUGAGAAGAUGAAGAGAAUUGCAAAGCUCCUGGUUUGCAUUUACCGAAGCCUUGAACAAGAGUAUGGGAAUGUGGAUCAGUACUUCGAGGAUCUAAAAUCGGUGCCACUCAUUCCUCUUGCUGAUGGAAGCAUGGCUUCACGGAAAGAUCAAGCCAUAUUUUUCCCCCUUUACGAUAAAGAGAAUGAGCAGUUUGCAAAACCGACCUCAGGUAUGCGGGACCUCUAUCUGGAUCUAAAAACUGUUCACCCCAGUGUGCUUACCUGUCUUGACAAUCUGGGUAACUCUCAAGUUCGAAAACUUCUUGAAAAAAUGGACGUUCAUUACCUUAAACCGGACAAAGUCAUGUAUGAGCACAUCCUACCCAUCUUAAAGGAACAAAAAUGGAAGAACAAGCCUCAAGGGAUUGUGAUCAGCUACAGUGUCUUCCUCAAGAUGUACUGCCAGGAAAAUGAACUCCAGCAGUUCAAACCAUACCUCCCCGUCCUCACCAACAAGGGCUUCUUCUGCCCAUUGCAAGUUAACGUCAACUUUACGCGUGACUACAAGAAUGCUAUCAAUCUACCCGUGGAUCUUCCAGGUGUGGACUGGGUGCUGUUAGACUCCUGUUACCUCAGGACAGACAACGAUUCCGAAGGAUGGAGGCUGUUUUUCAGUUCACUUGGCGUGCAGGACUCUUUUAUUUUUCAAAAGAAAAGAUGUACCUUCACAAAACAACAACUGGCCUCUGGCCCCUGGGCACCUGUCUAUGAAUGUUGGCCCAGCACGGUGGAUGAUGUGUACGUUGUGGACGAUUAUGUCUGUGAGGAGCUUCACAGGCUCUUAACAGUGGAUUUGUCAGAAAAUUUAAAAUGGAGACAGAGAGUAAACCUACUCAGACUUCUCGACAGAAACUGGGAUGCCGGAUCUAGAUUAUCUCAGUACUGCUCAGCGAGAGUCUUUAACAGCCAGGAUAAAGUGCUGAGGAAUGAUUUAGAUUCUUCAUUUGCAAUUUACCUGAAAACCUUACCGUGGUUGCCCUCCAAAAGUCCUGCCGCGGACAGCUCUGAAUUCUGCAGUGCCUACCUGCGCCCUAUUGAGGUAUACCUGAGCUCACAAAAUUUGCUGGAGCUCUUGGCGAACAGCGUGAGCUACGUGUGUUGCGAUCUACUUGAGCAGAGUACCUUUGCCUCUUUCAUCGGUAUUAAAACCUCCAUAACUGUGGAGAUGAUGUUGAACCACUUCAAGCUGUGGUGCGUGAAAAGUCCGCCAAGUGAAUCUGGUGAACUGGUGGGUGCAGAAUUCCGCACAACAGCGGACCAUAUCUACAGGGUGUAUGACUACUUGGGAAGAAACUGCAGUCACAAUCAGCUGAAAGAGAUGUUUGAACGCUACCCAGCUGUGUUUGUGUCCAACAGCAGUGAAAGUGGAAAAUUCUACCACCUGAAAGAGGUAUGUUGGAAUGAUCCAACUAGAAUGUUCCUGCGCUACAAAGACAAAAUCCGCGAAGCGGGAGGGUCAUUCCAGGAACCGCGUCUACUUGCUCCAUUUUAUGGUCUAAGGGAAGACCUGAAGGAUCUGUUUCAAAAGAGUCUGAAUGUAGAGAAAAUACCAUCUAUGCGACACUAUGUAGACCUGCUUGUAUUGAUAUGUGGUACGAUGUCGUUGCCUGAAAAUUCUGUCCUGCAUGAUGUGUCUGUGAUUUAUGCAAUUCUAGCUGAGAAGUGCUGCAAGUAUAACGACUUUGAUGACUCAGUCGAACUUAUAUCCCGCUACUGCCAGACACUGAAAGGAAUGAUUAAAGAGGAGAGGAUAUUUCCUGCCAAGGAUAAUCGCUGGGUCUCCCUGGCCAGCUGCCCUCUCAUACCAGAUGAUAAGCACUUGGAGCGCAUAUUUAAAGCACAUUCUCUGUGUCUGCUGACUGUACCCGCUGCAGAGAGGAACCGUCAGCCCACCAGGAGCAGCAAGCAAGAGAUCCGAUUUAAUGAGGAAGAUCGCAACUUGUUUUUUGAAAUCUGCGGUGUGCAGCGACUUUCCAGUUGCAUCACUGUAGAAGCCCAGACCGAGGAUUUCAGACCUUGUCCUCGUGUCCAAAACUUUGUCCGUUCUCUCACUCCAUUCAUCCAGAGAUGGUUUUAUCACCGCACCGACUUGUAUGAAGAACUACAAGGCAAUAAUAUUGUUGCAACUCUCAAAUCCAUGGCUUUCUACCAGGUUGGUAAGCUGUAUCUCUAUUAUCAACUGACCUUGCCCGAUGCUGACCCUGUGUUUGAGAGAGAGGAUAUUGUUUGUCACCUGAAGAGUAAGAAGACCUUUUAUAUUCAGAAAGAUCACAUCACUUCGCAUAUCGAUAUCUGCAGAGAGAUUGUAAAAUUGUUUAGUCUUGACAAUAAGGAACUUGAAAAGGAACUGGAACGCUUUCUACAAAGUCUCAUCUCUUGCUUUGAGGAUUCAAAAGCACUGCAGAAGUUGUUGAAGAAGGAAGAUGUUGCUGAGUUGCCCGAAGGCGAAGAGGAGUGGGAAAUACCUCUGGCAGCCGAGAUAAAGGCAGAGCCACGAUUUACAGAGAAAACAGCCACUCAGAUGCAAGCGCAGAUUCCAGUCGGUACAGAAAACCACAAGAACAAAGACAACAGUGCUGACGGAGAGCGGACGCUGGCCAGCUGGCCUCCCAAGUCAUCCCUUCAUGCUUAUCCUGACGCAGUACCGAACAAAGCAGUCGACGCGGUGAUGAAGAUGUGGCCGCCUCCAGCACCCCCGUCUGAUACUGGCGAUAAAGGCGAUAAGGUGCCUUCUGGUAGCCACCAGCACCCUCCACGCCCAGCUGGUCAAGGUAACGUUGGAGCCACCACAAGCCCAAAGCCCAGUGCAGAUCAAAUGCAGCCACCGGAGCUACAGAACGGCCAGAACCACCCCUCGCACACAGCCCAUGCUGGUCCACCAGCAACCCUGGAACCAAAGGUGGAUCCUGUCCAGACCAAACCAGCUUGCCUGCAGCCCGCCGACAGCAAAACAGGAGAUGGUUUGCCUGCUGAUAAUGAGAAACACUCAGGCCAGGAAACGUCAGUGUCCAAACCGGGAACCAACCGGAACCAAUACAACGGAGUGGCUGCCAGUGCUUUCCGGCCAGCCAUUCCCCUGGAUGCUCCGGUGUGGCAGAAGGAGCAGCCCCACGAGGAGGCGCUGGAGGAGCUGGUGAUACACAGUACGGUGGAACGGCCGCAGGCGGUCAUCUUCAGCGAGGACAAGAUAGAUAAGCGAGCCAUCGGAGAAUGGGGGGAGCGCCUGGUUCACGGGUUCUUGAUGGACUGGAAGGAGAGCGCCAGCGAGCUGAAGCCGAUUUCUGUGAAUUGGGUGAAUGAGAAGGGCGAGAGUGGGCUGCCCUAUGACUUCAGGGUGGUGUUUACGUCCGUGAGCCAGGGACAGAUGGACACCUUCAUAGAGGUUAAAUCCACCAGCAAAGCUGACAAGAACUACGUACAGCUCUCAGCCCAAGAAGUGGACCUGGCCCUAAAAUUCAAAGAUUGUUACCACCUGUACCGUGUUUAUAAUGCAGGAGACUCUCUGAAUGUAAAGCUGUGUCAAAUUAAAAACCUGGCACAGUGCCUGCAUACAAAGCAGCUUGAACUGUUCCUCUAUAUGUAAGUUACUUUGCACUGACUUGGGGGAAAUGUUUGUCCCACUCAAAAUGCUUUUAAUUAUUUUUUUAAGUAAGAAAGCAUAUAGUGACGGAGGAUUAAGAAAAAUAUCACUGGUGAGAGAUUGUUAGUAUAUUUUUUAAACUUUUAUUUCCAGAGGAGAAAAGAUGUUUUAAAAUGUGGAGAAUUACUGUACAAUUUUAGCUUUUCAAACCUUUUAUUAUAUCAUGUAGCUGUGAUAAUGUUUGGAAUAAAUUAUCAUAAAUUUAAUUGAUUAGCUUUGUUUACACAUGUACGUCAACCAACACAGUCCGAGGAUGUACUGGGGGCAGCCCACAAAUGUCGCCAGGCUUCUGGCGCCAUAACUCAUACAUCUUUGGAAUGUGCAAGGAAACCCACACAGUCAUAGGGACAAAUUCCUUUCAGACAAGAGCAGGAAUUGAACCCAAGUCAAUGUUCCAAU